CUAUUGCAAUUAUUAUUUAUAUAAUUUAUUGUUGAUCAUAAAAAUAACAUCAAUAUUUCACAAAUAGUAAAAACAAUCUAAUAAUAACUAUCGUUUUUUUUUUUUUUUUUCUAUCAAACAAUUUAUUAUCAAAUAUUAAACAAUAAAUAAAAAAAUAAAUAAUAGUGAUGUGUCCAAUACAAUAAGUAGAUUAUAAAAAGCAAAUAAAUAUCAAGAGUGAAUCACAUGAAUGUUUUCAUUUUUAUAGAGUACAAUUACUUGAACUUUGAUCUACAAUGACUAAUAUUUGCAUAAUUUUUGUUAGCCUAUAGCUAUAAUAAAAUUGAGCUAUAAAAAAUUGUUGAUACUUGUGCCAAAUGGAUGUUAUAUACUCUUUAAAUUUUAAAACAAUAGUAUCAUUUUUAAAUGGAGGCUGUUGGUGGAAUACCUGUAGAAUGCUUGACUGCUGGAGAAUUAGCUGGAGUAUGGUCAGGUUGGUCAAGCAUGGGAGACAGAGAAGUUGUACGUGAAUCAUCAGCAAAAGGAACUCAUUUAAAAUUAGCUCAUAAAUUUUUAAUGUACAGAAAACACUGGACACUUCAAGAAACACAAAAUUUUUUUUAUUCUGAAGUUGAAAUAUGGAUAAAUGAAUUACUUAAAAAACGUACAAUUCAUAGAGCAUCACAUAUUAUUAAAAAUGUAGGCAAAGAACCAAUUGAAUAUAUAAAAAAUAUUUGUAUUAAAUGUACAGAUUCAGAUUUGAGAAAUUAUCUAGCUAAACAUGUAAUGGACAACAAAGGUUUUAAUGAUGAUGAAAUUGAAGCAUGGACAAUUAUUAAUUGUAUUAAUAAACAUGAUGAUUGUGUUGAUUCAUCAAAAAAUAUCAUAGAUAAAAAACCAAUUGAUAAUAUAUCAAUUAAUGAAAUGAUGAAUCUUCAGCCAAUUGUCAAAUCAUCACUUGUUACAGAAAUUUAUUUUCGUACAAAUGAAUCUUGUCUUGUUAAAAUGCUUGAUGCUAAUUCUGUUUGGGAUUAUCUUUUAACUGAAGACAAUAUUGAUUUAUUAAUUAAUUGGAUUGAUAAAAAAUACAAUGAAGUUGAUAUUGAUGAGAAAGAAAAUAUAUUUAAUCACCUGGAAAUUGAUGAAGAAAUGUUGGAUAAUAUUGAACAAUCUAGUGCUUCAUUUCCUACCAAAGAAUUAUUGCUCAAUCAUUUAUCAAAAUAUGGUGUAUUUACAAAAAAAGAACGUCAAGAUGUUAAAGCCAUGUUAGCUAGAUUUUUCAGUGCUGAAAUAACAUUUAAUAAAAUUAAUAAUAUUUUAACAAAUAAAUUAACAAAUGUUGAUAUAGAAUAUUUUGAAAAAAAUAUUCAUUCAAUAUUAUAUUAUCAAAAUAAAGAUAACAUUAAUGAUAAUUUGUAUUCUAAUGAUCAAGAUUUAUUAAAUAAUUUAAAUCAAAUUAGUGAGGCUGAAUCAUUUGAUAUGAAUUUAUUGAGUCGUUGUAUUUGUCAAACAAUUUGUAAAAUAACUGAUGAACAAGAUGUGUAUUUUGAAACUCAUCCAUUAAUAACAUUUUAUCUUAUUUUAUUAAAAUAUAAAUCACAAGAAUCUCAAGAUAAUAAAAUUAGCCUUUAUGAUAUGAUAAAUAAUGAUAACGGUAUUGUCAUAGAUAAUCUAUUAUUAUCUCGUAAUAUUAUUCUAAAAAUAAUAGAUAAAAUAGUUUAUGUUAAAGAUGCAAUUAAAGAUGAUAAUAAAAAAAAUGAUAUUACAAUUUAUCAAUUAUUAAAUGGCUAUAAAAAUAUUGAUACACAAAAAUUAUUUAAAUGGAGAAUUAAAAAUGAAACAAUACCAAAUUUUGCAAAUGAUAAUUUAAUUAAAAAAUAUGGACGAAAUGAAAAUUAACAUAUAAAUAUUAUUUAAAAGAAUCACGACCAAGUAUGGCUGCGUAUAUUGUACAAAAACAAAUAAAUUUAUCAUCAAAAAUUAAAUCACAAUUUGCAUUUCAAGCACAUAUUUGGUCUUGAUCAUGUCAAUGAGCCAGAUAUUAUCAGUACAUGUAUUGCGUUUAUCGAAUUUUAGGAAUUGAUUCUGAAUAUUUGAGACUUCAUACAACUGUUGCAAAUUAUAUUAAAAAAAUAUUAAAUAUUUCAAUAAAUGACCUUCUCAAAUCAAUAACAUAUCAGAAUUCAAAAGAUUUGAUAACUGUUUUGACGUAUUUAGAAGAAAGUUUUGAAAUUGAAUAUAAAACAACAUCAAUGAAUAAUAUUGAAAAAUUUAUUUUAUCAUUACAUUCAUGGAGUUUAAUUGUACAAUUUUCAAGAGCACAUAAUACUGAAUUAUCAUCUUGGUUUUUAAAACAACUUGCUAUUAAUAAUUAUUGGUUUGAAUUUAUUCUUGUUGUACAUAUUUUUCAUUAUCCAUUAGAACAGAUACUUGAAAAUACAGUAAAUUUUAAUGACCCCAAUAUACGUGAACAUUUAUUAAAAUGUUUAAAUAAUUAUCAUCUAGUUGAACAUAAACCAGUAUAUAAUUUACAACGUACUAAACAACGUGAAGGAAAAAAUUAUAUUUAUCAAAAAAUGAGCUCAAAAGAAUCACCAAGUCCAACAAUAAAUCAAGAAAUGAAACAAUUACAUGGCCUAUUACAAAAUGAUUUAUCAUGUUUAUUAAAUCAAAGAAAUUCAUCUGUCAAACAAGAUUUAUGGUUGGUUAUUUUAGAGAGCCAUCAGAGUCAAGAUCCACCAGGUGCAUUGAUAAAAGCAUCAUGUGAAUUAAAAUCACCAGUUCUGCUGCCAUAGUCGUAUGCAAAUGCAAAAAUAAGGUAGAAUUUACAUGAAAGCAACAACAAGCGCCUUCAUGUUUUUCUGUUGCGACUAACAUUUCUUGUCGGCGAAUCGUUAUUGCGGGACCCGCAAUAACUCCCGCAAUACGGGACCAAGAAUAGCACCCCUGGUUAACUGUAACUGUGGACGAAAAAACCAGCCCUUAAUGCUCAGUUAACUGUAAUGUUGGACGAAAAAACCGGCCCUAAGAAUGUUCAAAAUGGCGUCAGAGGUAUCUUACAGUUUCUUACAGUAUCUUACAGUAUCUUACUGUAAGCGUAUGAAACCUCAAAAAUCGACCAUUUACCCAUCACUGGUAGAUACUCGUGUCUCCGGUAUAUCGCUCAAUAUCGAAGACCACUAUUCAGUAGUACUGUACUCGUGUAGCCUGUACUCGUGUCUCCGGAGUCCGGUACAUAUAUCGCUCAAUAUUUAGUCAAUAUCCAUCAAUAUCGAAGAUCACUAAUUACAAAACCAGUCGUGACAAUCAUCGCAGCCAGGUCGUUUGCAUGUGUGUGUGUGUGUGUGUGUGUGUGUGUGUUUAAUCUGUCAAAUAAGUCAAAAUAUCAGUGUUUUUUCAACUUCAUAUAGUAAUUAAAAAAUAAAAAGGUCUGAAAAGCCUAUUAAAAACUAUAUCAAAAUUUUCCUUAUUGUUUCCUCUAUCUAUCCUUAGUUUUUGAUAAAGCUAUCUGCAUUUUUCAUUAAAUGGCUAACCAGGUUUCUAAAAACUCAACCAGACUCUCCAUAGGAACCUAUGUAUAACCUCCAAAAACGUAGCCUACUUUAUUCAUUAAUUACUAAGUAAUUAGCUACAAAAAAAUAAUCAGAAAAAUUGAGCGUGUGUUUUUUCGUUUUUUCGGAACCUCCACCGUCCAUCAAUUCGGCAAUUCAAAAAUCGCUUUUGCGGUUAUUUCAUUAAUCUACUUGAAAAAUUUCGAGGCUCUGUCUGUAUUUGAUUUGUGCUGGUAAUCCCUUAAACUGAAACUUGGUUAUAUAGUGGAUACCAAAUUUGAAUGUUA